GUCUCGCGCGUGAAAAAGAACCUAGCAGACUUGCGCCCGUUUGACGAGUCAGCCAAUAACGCGGACAGUGGAGCCAGCAAGAAUGCGGACGGCGGAGCGGGCGCGGGGCCAAUGGGGAGAGAGACCGUGCAAGGCGGAGGAGGAGGGCCUUCAGGCAGACAAGGGCCCGCAGCUAGUAGUGGAUCGGCUUCAGGCGGCGGCGUUCCGCGGAGGAGACGAACGGCUGGCGGGUGCAGCUUCGACAGCUCCUUCGAUAAGGUCGUCGCCGCGCCCAGUCCGUUUGUGAACGCGAGUGACAGCGAGGCCACGGUGGGCCGCAGGUCAGCAGCAUCCCUCACUGCGGCCGCUCAUCAACCGCCGCUCCCGCUGCUGCCGUCUCCUCCAGCACACCACCGCCUGCGCUCACUGCCAGAGCGCCUCUCGGCGGCAGCCACGGGGUGCCGCCCGUGGGGGGGUCAGGUGGGCACAGCAGAAGCAGGUCGCACGGGUCGGGGCGGCUGCUGUCCCGGCUGGCGCAGCAGCCAGACGUGGGGCUCGCAGGGGAUGCAGGGGAUGCCGGCACUGCUGCCGCUGCUUCCGCUGGUGCUGGUGCUCCUGCCGUCACUGCUGCUGCUGCUCAGCUCGAAGGUCGUAGUCACUCACAGGGCAGUGAGGGGCCCAAGGGCAAGAGCAAGAGCCGUGGGAGCCACGUGGAGGGGAAGAGCAACACAGAUAAAGCGCCGCCAGUGGAGCCACUCGCCAUGCUCCCACCACCUGAUGCACCCCAAAUUGUGAAGUGCCAGAGCUGCUUCAAGUCGCUAGCAGUG